AUGUCUGACAGCAGUAGUGCAGCAAACGAAGAAACUAUGUAUGCUUUACAGACGGUCGCUCUUGGUAAAGCCAAAGACAGUCUCAAAUACGUCCAGGUACCCAAACCAAAGCUCAGUCCGAGUCAGCCUACAGAUGUACUUAUUCAGGUGAAAGCAGCUGGAAUCAACCCAGUGGAAGCAAAGUUCAGAAUGGGGAAUGUUCCUUCGUUGCUGGUUAAACUGCCUUCAAUUUUCGGUACCGACUAUGCAGGCAUUGUUGUCGCCAAAGGCGAUAAAGUGACGGACCUUGAAGUGGGAGAUGCUGUAUAUGGCUCGCUCUUCACUCCAUGGGGUCCGAAUGGUACUUACGCUGAAUAUAUUAUCGCUAAGUCUGGCUAUGACUCAAUUGUAAAGAAGCCAGAUAAUAUCUCGUUUGAAGAAGCUGCUGCGACUGGAAUAGCAGCUACUACUGCAUACCAAGGGAUUAUCGUGGAUGGACGACUGCCUGAAACCGGAUGUAAGAAGAUCCUUGUAAUUGGUGCAUCCGGUGGUGUUGGAACGUACGGCGUACAAAUAGCAAAAGCCAUUGGUGCGGAAGUGGUAGCCAUUUGCAGCGGCAAGAAUGCCGACUUUGUGCAAAGCUUAGGCGCGGACCGUAUUGUAGAUUACACUGUGGAAGGCAGCCUUGACAAGCUGGAGAAAGAAGAAAAAGAAACUUAUGAUCUGAUAUUGGACUGCAUCGGCGGUGAAGAUUACUACAACAAGUUGGUAUAUACUCUCAAGAAACAAGGCGUGUACAGUUCUGCAGUUGGCCCAGAGAUGCACGUUGGAGCAAACAAAGUGAGCAUGUUGAGUGGAGCAUCCAUGACCUUUAAAACCAUUUCUCAUAAAGUAUUUGGUCCACGGCGAUAUUCCCUUGUCCUGAAAUACCCUUGGAUCCGCUUUGCCAAAGAUCUGCGUCCGUUUUUGGCCAAUGGAUCUGUCAAGAGCAUUGUUCGUGAGGAAAAUAUCGUGGUUCUGAAGGACGGUGUAGAAGCCCACUUGAAAAUCGAGUCGCAUCGUACUGUUGGGAAAAUUGUCCUUCGUGUUUAG